UUAUUAAUUUAUUUAUUGCAGCUUUUACUGAAGUAGAAUCUCUAAGCCCUUCUAAAGGUGGUGAUCUUUCAAAAGAAGAACUGAUCCACUUCAGCCAGCUCAGUGUUUCAUCUACUGUGGAUAAUCUUGAAAGUGAUGCUCUGAAGAGCAGCCCAGAAAAAGGGAAGGGGAAGGUUGAUAUUCAGGCAUAUCUGAAGCAGUGGCAAGAUGAACUUCUUAAAAAGGAAGAAAAUAUUAAGGAUCUGCCAAGGAUGAAUCAGUCGCAGUUCAUCCAGUUCUCAAAAACCCUGUACAAUCUAUUCCACGGGGACCCCGAGGAGGAGCUGCUCUAUAGGGCUAUAGCAGUGGUGACCAGCCUCUUACUGAAAAUGGAGGAAGUUGGCAGAAGACUGCAGAGCCCAGCAUCGCCACUCAAAAGUCCAGGUGCUGUUACAGAGGUGCCCAAUGAAGCCCCAAGCAAAGGGGAGGAGGAAAGCAGCUCUGGGCAGGCUGAAGGCAGCAGAGCUCAGAGUUCAAGAGGAGACCAUGAGUGGUCUUUUGCCUUUGAACAGAUUUUGGCAUCCUUAUUAAAUGAGCCAGCCUUCGUGAGAUUUUUUGAGAAACCGCAUGAGAUAAAAGCUAAAAUAGAGAGUGCUAGAAUGUUACAACUAAAAGCAAGAACCAGAGUAUAGUUUUCUUCACCUUUGCACUCUGCAUUAACAACAUAAAGCACUUAGAAAUGAAGGUUUCUACUAUAUCAAUUGAGUGUGGAGUUUACAUAGGAAAUGGGAUUUGAAGAGUUAGCUUUAAAUAUCACAUACCAGUACGCUUUUGUGUAAAUAAAGAUAGUUUCAAGCACAAUCACUUUCUUGCAUUGUUCAUACGUUUCAGGCCAAAAAGGACUGAAGAAUAAACUAUUUUUACCAUGUUAUUAAAAUAUGCAACAUUGCUAGGAAAUAAUAGGUGUUAUCUGUGAGUGGCACUAGGACAAACCUUUCUGAAUGACAGCUCUUACGCUGUAUGCUCUCCAGGUUCAUUUCUAUUAUUGCAAUGAAUGUAAUAACUACCACCCAUUUUCACUCGAAAUGGAUAAUGACAG